ACAUGAUUUAUUGCAUGACUUCCAACUGGCCGUGGACGCCAACAGACCAAACAAUUGAAUAUUUACAUAAACUCAUGUCUUCGUCUCUCUAGUCGUGUCACUCCAUCCCUGUCCAAGAGAAAAGUAAGCUCCCCAACAAAACCUUUUUCCUUCUUCUGUGCCAUUUUUGUGUCCCCGAAACAUGGUCGAAAUGGGGAUUGUGGGUUUGGAAGAGAGGGUGAACAUCGAGGUGCAGGAGUUCUGCCGUGCGUUGGUGGCCUCCGCCGGCCUCCACCGCAGAAAAGACGACCACCAGCAACCCGACUGCAAGCGUUUCGACUCGAGGGGUGAUUAUGAACAAGACAUGUUGGUGUGUGUCACUAGCGGCGUUUCCUUCUUAGGCCUUGCCAUCGUUGACCGUCUCCUCCACCGUGGCUACUCCGUCCGCCUCAUCGUUGACAACCAAGAAGAUGCAGAAAUAAUGAGGGAGAUGAGGACAAGCGGCACCAACAGCGAUCGCAUAUCUGCAGUUAUUGCGAAGCUAACCGACACCGACGUUGUUGAAAGCUUGUCACACGCGUUCCAUGGCUGUCGUGGCGUUUUCCACACCUCUGCAUUUGUUGACCCCGCUGGCCUCUCUGGUUACACUAAAUCCAUGGCUGAGAUAGAAGUGAAGGCAAGUGAGAAUGUGAUGAAGGCAUGUGCAAUGACGCCAUCUGUGAGAAAAUGUGUGCUGACUUCUUCACUUUUAGCCUGCGUUUGGCAAGAUAGCUCCCAGAAUUUGAACUUCUCCCGUGUGAUUAACCAUAACCACUGGAGCAGUGAGUCACUCUGCAUAGAUAAAAAGCUCUGGUAUGCAUUGGGCAAGCUGAGGGCAGAGAAAGCUGCAUGGAAAAUAGCCGAGGAAAGGGGGUUGAAGUUGACCACCAUCUGCCCGGCUCUCAUUACCGGCCCUGAAAUUUCCACUAGAAAUCCAACCGCAACUCUUGCAUAUCUCAAGGGAGCGCAAGAAAUGUACCAAAGUGGAGUGCUAGCCACAGUGGAUAUAACAAGACUGGCAGAGGCACAUGUAGGGGUGUUUGAGGCAAUGAACAAGGCAGCAUUUGGCAGAUACAUCUGGUUCGAUCGAGUCAUUGACGGAGAAGAAGAGGCCGAGAAGUUAGCAGAGGCGACGGGCAUGUCGAAGAACAAGAUCCUGGGCAAUGGCGGCUCUAACGUUGUCCAGAAUCGAUUCGAAUUGUCGAACAAGAAGCUUACAAAUCUUUUGACGGGAAGAGUACAUUGCUCUUACCAUUCAUAAACAAAUUCGGCAUUUCAAUUAGAGUUCAACCCGUUGUUACAAUUCCUUGUCAAUAAAAUGCAAAGAGCCUAACGGAUUAGACUAAAUUGUAAAAAAAAAAAAAAAAAGAACAAAA